UGGCUCCCAGCGCUCAGCGGCUCACAGGACACACAUUUUAAAAUGUAAUUUCCAAAGGCCUAAUUGUUUCCGCUGUGAUUUAUUUUCAUCCUUUUCGUUUUUCUUCUUUUUUUGUUUGUUUUAUCUGCCCUUCUCCCCUUUCCUUCUCUUUUUUUCAUUGUUGUUGUUGUUGUUUUUUUUUCUUUUUGUUUUUUUUACCAGCUGCUGGAUUUUUCCCUUUUUAAAAACUGCUGUCAUUCUCUCCGUUUACAAAGGAGGGAUCUGCAAAUAGAGACAACCACAGUAAGACAUGUGUCUCUGGGGAUGAUGCUGUUGCCAUUGGUGCCACUCUCCCUGUCACCAUGACAAUGCCGCUCAGCCCCCUCUCCAGUGACGAGGAGCAGCAAAGGAUGCUGGGAAACAGUCAACACCUAUAUCCAGGGGCAGAAGAGGAAGAGGAGGAGGAAGAGGAAAUGGACGAUGAUGGUGUAGACGAGGAAGGAGAGGAAGAGAAUGGAGAGCUGGAGUUAGAAUACGAAGGAGAGGUGGAUGAUGAAGAUGACAUCAGGCGAGGACCUAGGCGUUUGAGAGGAGGCAGGGAAGAGGGGCACAGGCAAAAAGGCACAAUGGCUGGACGACUACCAGGAGACAGACAGAUACGACCUGGCAACCUGGGGCACACGGCCAACCCUUAUUCAUCCAACCCUGGACCUGCCCACCAACCACCAGCUAAUCAGCAGCAGCAACAGCAGCAGCAGCAGCAGCAGCGGAAGCUGAGAGAACGGAGCUCUAGCAAUGCCCCUGAUGACACACACAUAGCUAUGAUGGUGUUUCGCAUUGGCAUUCCAGAUAUCAAACAGACGAAGUGUCUGAGGUUCAACCCAGAUGCAACAGUGUGGAAGGCAAAGCAACAGGUGUUGUGUAGUCUAACUGAAUCUCUGAGGGAUGUUUUGAACUACGGCCUUUUCCAACCUGCUACCGAUGGGCACGAUGCCAAGUUCUUGGAGGAAGAGAGGCCGCUCCGCGAGUACCCACAAUCCUUUGAGAAAGGGGUACCCUACCUGGAGUUCCGCUACAAAACCAGGGUGUACAAACAGACAAAUCUCGAUGAGAAACAGCUGGCCAAACUGCACACCAAGGUCAGUCUAAAGAAGUUCAUAGACUACAUUCAAGCUGGCACCAUGGAAAAGGUCGCCAAACUUCUAGAUAAAGGGCUUGACCCCAACUACCAUGACCCUGAUACAGGAGAGACCCCACUCACUCUGGCAGUACAGACAGAGCCAGGCGGAGGGGAGAACAUCAGGGUGCUGGUGAUGGGGGGAGCUCAUAUUGACUUCAGGGCAAAGGAUGGCUUGACCCCUCUCCACAAGGCCGUCAGAUCACAUGGACACACAGCCUUACUGAUGCUGUUGUCUUUAGGGGCAUCUCCUGAUUAUAAGGACCGCCGUGGGCUGACACCACUUUACCACACUGUGCUUAUAGGGGGCGACACCUCCUGCUGUGAGACCCUACUGUACCACAGAGCCAAGCUGGGUCUCCGUGAUGAGAAUGGUUGGGAUGAGACCCAUCAGGCCUGUCAAAAUGGCAACUCACAACACUUAGAGCACCUGCUUUUUUAUGGUGCGGACUCUUCAUCCCAGAAUGCCUCAGGAAACACUGCCCUGCACAUAUGCGCUUUAUAUAACAAGGAUAGCUGUGCACGCAUUCUGCUAUACCGAGGAGCUAACAAGGACACAAAGAAUAACAGUGGGCAGACCCCCUUCCAGGUAGCUGUGAUGUCUGGCCAUUUUGAGCUGGGGGAAAUUAUUAAGAACCAUCGAGAAUCAGACGUAGUUCCCUUUUUGGAGUCGCCGAAGUACGCCCCCAGGAGGGAGAGUGCACGGACUCUUGGACUGCCCCAUCCUCACCCCUUCCUGAGGGCCAACAGUGACAACAGCAUGAAUGUGCCUGACUGGAUUGCCUUUCCCAAUGCUGCUGGAUCAAAUAUUGUCUCUGUGCAGGGUCUGAAGCACGGUGGCACCUUGCGUAGCUCUAGCAGUCCCCGUGGUGCCCGAACCCGUUCCCCAUCCCGUGGCCGAUCUGGAGACAGAGAUGAUCGGAGCCGGCAAACACGUGGAAGACAAGGGGCAGCCACCAUAAGUAGUCAGGGCACAGCAAGCGGGCAGCGGCGGCGUCUCUACAGUGCCGUACCCGGGCGCAUGUUUGUGGCCACUCGCUCGCACUCGGCCCAGGGGGACCGUGAGAUCAGCCUCAACAAGGGAGACAAAGUCAAAGUGCUGAGUGUGGGAGAAGGGGGCUACUGGGAGGGCACGGUUCGAGGGCGCACAGGCUGGUUCCCCUCUGACUGCGUGGAGGAGGUGGCACUCCGCAGCUUGGACAAUCGCUCAGAGAGCCGCAGCGAAAGAGCCAAGCGACUCUUCCGGCAUUACACCGUUGGAUCCUACGACAGCUUUGAAGCUCCCAGUGACUAUAUAAUCAAGGAGAAGACAGUUCUUCUGCAGAAAAAAGACAAUGAGGGUUUUGGCUUUGUGCUGAGAGGAGCCAAGGCUCAGACCCCUAUAGAAGAGUUCACUCCCACCCCAGCCUUUCCAGCACUGCAGUACCUUGAGUCUGUCGACGAGGGAGGCGUGGCAUGGAGAGCUGGUCUACGAAUGGGAGACUUCCUUAUUGAGGUGAAUGGGCAGAAUGUGGUUAAGGUGGGACACAGGCAGGUGGUCAAUAUGAUCAGGCAAGGUGGCAACAGCCUCAUGGUCAAGGUUGUCAUGGUUACCCGGAAUCCUGAUAUGGAGGAAGGGAUCAGAAAGAAAAUCCCACAGCAGAGUAAGAGACUGAGCACACCGGCUAUCGCUCUACGCUCCAAAUCCAUGACAUCAGAACUGGAAGAGAUGGUGGACAGAGCCUCUGCCCCAUGGAAAAAAAAAUCAGAGUUCGAAUCUUCACAAGCUACAGAGAAGAAGAGGACAGUUUAUCAGAUGGCCUUGAAUAAACUGGAUGAGAUUUUAGCAGCAGCACAGCAGACCAUCAGUACCAAUGAGGCUCCAGGACCCCGGGCACAGGGGGUAAAAAGAGAACGGGGCAGAGGCUUUUAUAAUGAGCCAAAUUUCGACCAAUCAGGAAUGGGGAUGACACCUGGGGCUGGGAUAAGCUACGAUCGUGGUCAAUUUGUAUCUGGCCACGCCACCCCGCACGGUAUGCUGCGACAGAAGUCUAUCGGGGUUCCUGAGGAGGAGAAGCAGUUCCUUCAUCCUCCCGCCAUGAAGUUUGCCCGAAGUCUUUCAGUACCUGGCCCAGAUGACAUCCCUCCUCCACCUACAACAGCACCCCCUGAGCCCCCUUUCUCCUCAGCUCCCCCUUUUGGCUUUAGGGGGAAGACAUCCCAGCAACCUUCUGUUUCUGUGUCCCAAACCACUUCCUCUUCUGCACAUUAUCAGCUCUACUCACAGUCAGCGCACAUCAGGGACAGGUCCCCUGGACCAACAUCUGGGUCUGGAACAGGGGACCAUGCACUCCCUUACUCCCAUGCCCAAGCCCACCCCUCUGUACCAAGCAGGACUGCCUCCAGAAAGGUUAUUGGGUACACAGGAGACCUUGCAGGGGCUGGAGGAGCAGCAGGGGCUAAAGCUGCAGCAUUGAGAAGGGGCUACAGCAAUGCCGUCCCACCCACCAGUGUCGCUACUGUGACUCCCCAGCAGCAGACUACACAGAGCCAACCUUCCAGACUGGACCGCAGUGCAAUGGGGGGAGGGGCAGGGGGUGUCCUAAAAGGUGGUGCACGGAGAGGGAAGGGGCCCUUGGUCAAGCAGUCAAAGGUGGAAGAUCUUCGUCAGGGCCAGGGCACACUCGAAGGGAAAGGGUCAGUGGAGAAAAGCUCCAUUCCUAUCCCCACCAUCAUUGUUAAAGCCCCAUCCACCAGCAGCAGUGGUCGCAGUAGCCAGGGCAGCAGUGUGGAGGCUGAACCACCUCCCCUAGGAGAGAGUGACAGUUCUAAACCCCAACCUGUUGCUCCCUCACCUGCACCCACUGAUCCACUGCCAGCCCCUCCCUCUACACCUGCUCCCCCACCCCCAUCACUGCCAUCACUUCGUACUCAAGAGAGUUUGGACUUCACCAGCCAGUUUGGUGCUGCCAUAGUAGGGGCUGCUCGCAGAGAUCGAGAACGAUUCCACGAAGCAAGAAGGAAAAGUGCCUCCUUUUUUCUCUCUGCUGAGGAAGAGUUGGGAGGAGCAGGAGGAGGAGGGGGAGGACAGACCCAGACCACCCAACAGCAGCUGAGCUCACAGCCUUCACCUUGCCUGAGACCAUCCAAGUCUAUAGAUGAGGGCAUGUUCUCAGGUGAUACCUUUAUCCACCACACACGCAGCAUGCCUCCUGCCUUUGGCCUGCCUGAGUACUCCUCACCUGCUCCUCCAGGGGACUAUCAACCCAAGUCUGUACCCGCUGACUUCUAUGGGGCAGGAGGCCGACAGCAGCAACAGCAAGCCUCUACCACAACAUUUAUUCACCCACUAACAGGGAAGGUUCUGGACCCUUCAUCCCCUCUCGGCUUAGCGUUAGCUGCACGGGAACGUGCCUUGAAGGAUGAUGGACGCAUACGCAGGGAGAGGACCACAGAACACCACUUUAGCCGUCAGAUGUCCAGCAUUGGGGCCUUCCCCUCAUCCACUGCACAACCUACCUCACACCUCUCCUACUCCAUGGCCUCAUCUUCCUCUACAGCCUCGUCUGCUGCCCAGUCCCCAAGCUCCUCCUCAUACCUUGUUACCUCCUCUUCACUAGCCGCCACCACUACAUCCACUCGGCCUCCAUCUCCCAGGAUCCUGCGUGGAGCAGGGAGUAGCUGGGGUGAGGAGGCAGGGAUUGGAGAGCGCACAGAAAGGGAGGCUGCUGGUACCUCAGCUCCCAGAGAAGGCCUAAGGGUUCGUUUCUCUGAGGAUAAAACCGUCCACACACACCACUACCAAUCUCAGCACUACCAGCCCACCCACAAGGAGCGUGAAAGGGAGCGUCAGAGAGAGAGGUCACGAGAAAGAGAGAGAGAAAGGGAGAGGGAAAGAGAGAUGGACAAAGCUCAGACUCAGAUGCAGCAGUCCACACAACCAAUGACUCAUCAACCUCGGCGCCCCUCAUUCUUGAGGAUGGAGAGUGAGGCUGGGGCAUACAUCCUUUCUUUAACACCUCCAUCCCCUCCUCCAACUGUGUCCCCUACACGUCCUUCAGCUGGAGGAGGAUGUGAAGGCGGAAGUGGCCCAGGACUUAUGGUUCUCCCUCCCCCAGCUCCUUCUGUGGAUGCAGAUGAUGAGUUUGUGUUUGCUGAUCCUCUCCCACCACCGUUGGAGUUUGCCAAUAGUUUUGAUCGUAGUUUGGGUUACUCUGGGAUGAUGUCUCGUAAUGUGACAGCCCGCCAGCAGCUUCAACCCCCUCCUCCACCACCACCUCCCCCGCCACCUCCUCCCCCUCCUAAAGACUCCUUUAUGACAGGGUUCCCCCCAAACACACCCCUGCCUUCACCUCAGGCAGGGGAUUCCACAACUUCCAGUCUUACUUCCUAUGACAGUGAAGUUGCCAACCUGACCCAGUCAGCCCUGUCUCCCUCUCCAUCUUCCCCUAACCCUCUACCACCUACCUCCCCCUCCACCUUACAGCCCUCUGUGUUACCUCCACCUCCCUCUGUAUCACCUCCACCACCACCCACCUCCUACCACAGACCAUUUGGCCUAUCUCAGUCACAACACUUAUACAAUAGUACACACCAAGCCGGACGCUCUUCUUCUCCCACACCAUCUCCCCUCUCUAUCCCAGCUCCAGCUGCAUACCGGGGGCCCUCAUCAGCAACAUCCACCCCUGCAACCUCUGUCUCUCUUAGUGGUAACUCAACUGUGACUGCGAGCAGUUCCACAAAUGCUACUGCAACUAUCGCCAGGUCCACAACUACUGCUGCCACUGUCACCCCGCACACACGCAUGGCAACUGUCUCCACAGUAGGUACAGGGGGUAGCAUAAGGCCCAGCAUAGAGCAUCACCCACAAUCCAGUGCAGCUUCAGUCAAGGCUGGUGAGUCCCAGGAGACAGUGGUGGAUUCUGGGAUUGAGGAGCUGGACAGCCGAAGCAGCAGCGACCAUCACUUAGACAGUAUCCUGGCACUCAGUGGGAGUGGGAUCAGAGAGAGGUUGGAGAGAGCAGGGAUGGGUAGCUUAGGUGGAGUUGGAAAGAGAAUAGGGUCAACAGAGGCAGACAGAAUAAGUGGAGCAGACUUUUUAGAAUCUUAUAUGAGCUACCUUGAUGGACAGACAUUUGAAAUGCACAAUGCCAAAGCCGCCAGCACUGCAUCCACCUAUCCGAAAACACAGAGGUUCAGAGAAGGUAGUCGGGCUGGAGAUCUUCGAUGGCAAACCAGCACUGCACCCCCUGCAUACCAUCGACGUAGGGAGGAGGAAGAGGAGGAGGAUGAAGAGGAGGAGGCAGAAGAGGGAGAGGAGGAGGAUGUGAAUGCCCGUGAUGGUUAUAGGAUGAGGGAAGGGUCAGGGAUUGCUCGCUCCUCUGUAAUGUACUUUGACCGACCCAACACUCCAGAAUUAAAACCUCUGUGGGGUGAUGGGUCGGCCGGAGCAGCACAGUCCAUGGGGGAUGGAGGGGGCCAGGCUGGAGGGACAUAUGUUGAGGCACGUAAGCUGCAUCCUCCCCUGACCAGUAUGAAGGCAAGCAUCAUCAAUGAACUAAACACCAAAUUACAGCAGAGGAGCAAAGGAACGGAGAACUGGGGAGCUCAGAGGUCACUGAGCAGACAUAGGUUCUCAGAGGACUCCACAGGUGUACUGAGUCCUCCCUCUGUCCGCUCUACAUCCCCAUCUCCUGUUCACCUCUCUCAGCCUGCUUUGUCUCCCUCUCCCACAACUUCCUCCCAGCCACUCUAUCCAAACUGGGCUCGAUCGCCUUCCCCUCAGCCCCCUGCUGCCUCAUCCCAGCCUCCUCCCCGCUCCCACUCACCUGUUUCUCCUUCAUCAUAUUCACCGUACCCAACGUCACCCAAACACCGGCCUGUUUAUCGCACCAAAGCCUUGGAGUUCCAGUUUAUCCCCAGCCGAGAGUCCCGUAAGUCUGAGUCCCAUCACGCCCAGCGCAGGCGAGCACCCAGCCCACUAAUUUUUCCCUCUGACCGUCCCAAGCUUGGCCCUCCCCGCCCCUCAUCCCUUCCCAUUCUCCCCACCACCCCCCUCUAUAGCAGCCUGUAUGACCUCCGGGGAUCCAUUACUCCACCCUCACCUGCCAACCCCCUCGGGGACCCCUACUUCUCCCCCUCUCCCCCUCUCUUUGCCCCCUCAGGUGCCCCACCACCUCCAAAUUCCUCACUUGUGGUUUCUCGCUCCUUGUCUCCCACCCACUUCCUGUCAGGGACUUCAUCCCCACCUCUGCACCCUAUUCCUCCACCCACUUGUCUGAGUUACCCCCACCUUCCACCCCCUUCUCCUACCAAACCCUUUGCCUCCAAACCACUCCCAUACUGGACCAAGUUCGAUGUGGCUGAUUGGCUGGGCUACCUGAACCUGGGUGAGCACAGGGAGCGUUUUCUAGACAACGAGAUUGAUGGCACGCACCUGCCCUCUCUUACAAAGGAGGACUACCUGGACCUAGGAGUGACCAGGGUUGGCCAUCGCAUGAACAUAGAGAGGGCACUCAGGAGAGUGAUGGACAGGCUGUCUUCUAGCACUUUCCCUGUUUCUGCCCUCUCCCCUCGACAUGAACUUAUAGACAGAAGGAGAGAUGAGGCCAACCACAACUGAGAGGACAGGAAAGGUGAGGUGACAGCAACUGCUGCCAACAGAGAUUCACUAAAUGAAAAAAAAAAAAAAAAAAAACACAAGAAGAGGGGACUUUGAUAUCAACCUGCCGGCUCACAGAUGAAGAAGAAAGAUAUGGUAGAGAAAGUUCAAGGCCUGUCAAACUGUGAACACUACUGCACUUACACAUGUUAUUCAGUCAACUCAAAUAUAAACACCACAUACAUGGUACAUACAAACAGAUUAACAGAACACACUUAGUUUGAGCUUGCAGGCACUCACAAGGUAAUCAAAAUGUGAAUGAUCGAAUUAAACCAUACAAAACGAACUCCACAAUGUGAGAAGGUGAUGUACUACAUAACUGAGCCAAAUAAUUUUGAGGGAAACAAUCAAAAUGAUCAUUUGCUUAUAUGUUUUUUCUGUGGUUCUUCAAAAAGAGAUAGGGAGAAAGAGAGAUAUUGAAACCUCCUUUGCUGUCUUUCUCUUUUUCUUAGAUUUUGAAACGAGUCUGUAUAACUGACACAUUUUACUAUUGGUCUAAUUUUUAGAGCAGGUUCAAUGGAGACAGACGCAGAGAGGGCGAGUACUGAGAAACCCCCUGUCUUGCAUGACUAGGGAAGCCCUUAAAAUAGAAGUCAAUUUAACAGCAGGCACUUAUUUGUGUGUGUGUGUGUGUGUGUGUGUGUGUGUGUGUGUGUGUGAGAGAGAGAGAGAGAGAGAGAAAGAAUUCAAAGGUUAUCACUAGAGGCAUGACCGUGAUUUGUUGUGUGUUUUUACCUCACCGAUGGAGGGAUUCUAUUUUGCCCAAGACAGAUUGGGGCUAGUGCUUAUCUUGUAUUUCACUACAACUUCUUUAGCUUCUCAUGUCUAAUAAUGGAAUUAUAUAUCUAUAUCUAUACAGACUGGUCACUGUAUUAAAAAACCCGUAGCAAAAAUAAGUGCCCAGACCAACAGAAUAGACACACAAGCUCUCUACCACAUACAAACACACAUGUACACAGUACAUCCUCAGAGUACUGAUUCCAACAUACAAACACACACACACACACACAUACACAAACACACACACACACACACACGAAAACACAAACACUGAUACACACCUUUUAUUUAUAUAAAAAAUAAUGGGAUACAGUAAAAUAUAUAUGUAUGGAUUCAAGAUGAUGAUGUUAAAACAUACGCAAAAAUAUUUUAAAGAAGGAAGAUGAUACAACAUAUAUAUACAGUGUAUAUAUAUAUAUAUAUAUAUAUAUAUAUAUAUAUAUAUAUAUAUAUAUAUAUAUAUAUAUAUAUACUGAAAAUGUAUCAACAUUUUUAUCACAGACUCUUAAAAAAUAGAGGAGACUGCAACUUCAAUGAACCUCUUAAAGAUACAGAGGCUCAAUUUUAAAAGAGGAGACAACAUGGAGAAGGAGAAAACCAAACUGCCUGUAUUUCUCACCCUCUCUCCUUCCAAAAAAACACUCUUUCUAUGGAGGCAAGGCAAGACGAACAUGCACUCUGACAUCGGUGAGGGAUACAUGCUAAUAUCUGUUUUAAUACAACUGUUCCUAUAAUGAUUUUUAAACUCUAAACGGCUCUGAAAUUGGUGAAUUAGCAAGAGACAAUGUUAUUUGUUGCAGUCACUGUUAUCAUCGUCCUUGCUGUUAUCGCUGUGACUGAGCUGCAAUGUUUGUUUCUGAGAGCAAACCCUAGAAGUGUUUAUGCUUGAAGAUUUUUAGUUUGUGACCUCAUGCAAUGUGCUCAAAUUGUUGGUACCUCUUGGACUUAAAUUAGAGAAAAGACUUUCACAUCUAACAAUGUCCCUCACCCUUCUGCUCUUCCCUUCCUACAUGAUCACACAAAAUAUUGUGACAUCACUUUGUAUGCAAGGACUAUCAACGAAAUGAUCAAAGAAUUUAUUGUGUGUGCAGUAUACACCCUUUACAUUCAUAUUCCCUGUACCUAAAAUUGAAUUUAGUGACCUACAGCCCUCAUCUCCCAUAUCACAAAUAGUUGCUCAAUCAAUUAAAAGGGCUCCUCAUAACAUUACACUUCCUUUUAUUCCUCAUAUUUUCUCUUCCUUUUAAUCGGCUGUCACCUUUACAAUGACUUCACAUUUAUGUUCCCUUUUUACAGUCUUAGACAUCUUUCUUUCAGGACAUCAGUAAAGAUCUCGCCACCUCUAUCUCCUAUCCAUCUUGCAUUUGUUUGUCCUCUAAAUAAAGAGUGGGAUUCAUUCAUCAUGCAUUACAGUGCUCGCUUUAUCACUCCUACUGGACAAAAAAUUGCAGAACUAAUUGUAUUUUUGAUGUUUAAGUCUGGUAAGUAUAGUGACAUUGAGGAUAACAGUAAGGACAAUGAAAGAAAGUAUAGUUUUUAUGGUUUGAGAUGAAAAAAAAAAAUGAUUCCAAGUUUUAAAGAAUCUUUGUCUUCCAAACAAUGUUUAACAUGGGUUUAAUGUGUAAUCAAAUCAUGCUUUCUACACAUCCUGCUUCUUGUUUCCUGAGUCUAAUUCAUUGAAACAAUUAGCUUCAGUAGCAGCUGGUCUAUGGAACCCAGGUACAUGUAUAUUACUGAUAAAUAUUCAGUUUUUUGUUGCCUGCUGGGUGGAGUAAAAUGUCACAUACUUUUCACCCUCCUGACAGUUUCAGUGUCUGAAUAAAAGAUUGGAUCAUUGGAACACAUAAUGCAAGAAAGCUAGCAUAAGGCAUCAGCAGCCUUUUCUGGUUUGAGAAGUAAAUUCUUUAAAACGCAAGAUUAAGGCUUGAUGCUCUGUCACCAUGAGCUUCAAGUCCCAGGCAACAACUAAAAUAACAGUAUUCAAACCUCCACUUGACAUGCUUUGACGUAUUGCAGGGUUAUCCAUUAUCAUUCUGAAGUUGUAUGCAAAUUGAAUAUUACACAGCCAUUAAAGGGUAUGGACAAUGUGACCCAGGAAGAGGUGACUGAACACACACAGGAGCAAUUGACUCAUUGGCCAUCCAGGGUGUGCAGAAAGCAUCUCUUUUCAUUGAAAUUUAACAAUUAACCACUAAGAGGUUAUUCACAGAGUAUAUACAUAUUCUGAUAUUCAUAUUAACAUGAAAUACAAAUGUUUUGAGAAAUGAAAAGGUUAUUAGAAUUAUAAUAAAAGAGGCAGGAAUUACUUUGA